UUAGUGCCCCUCGUGUGACACGGGCAUUCCGGAUAUUUGAGCUUGAGAUCAACAACAACAAUAACAACAACAACGAGGACGACGACGACGACAGCGACAACGACAGGCGGCAUCUAGAUACUGCCCCUCUAAGUAGGUCUUGGCCCUGUAAGCCGGAUCUAGAUGUUUAUUCUGUCCACUCCCUUCCCGUCUUCGUGCCUACCGUCUGUCGGCAGUAUGCAGCUACUAGCAAAAGCGAACCACGGCUGGGGGAUCAAGGGCUCGAAAGGUCUUAUUUUUAAGCCCCAAGCAGCACCCAAGGUUCCGAUGCCAAGGAUGUGUCUGGUCCAAUAUUCGCUGCAUGGAACCCUCCUGCAAGUAGACAUAUGGCACACUGCUGGGUGCACCAGGACAAGCAUGCCAAAACCCGGUUGGUCUUGCUUCAUUGGAGGACCAGUGACCAGUCGAUGCUGGUCUAGGUACAGCAGUUCCAUGCUCGAAGUGCUUAGAGGACUCAGGACGCACGAGGCGUGAUGAUGUCCUGCUCUGUAUGCACUGGCUGUUUUGACGAGCAGGCAUCGAAUGUGGAUGCGAGGUGGUUGGUACUCCAAAGGGGAGAAGGGCCACUAAUACGUGUACUUACUUAGUAGAUUGUACAGCAUAUUGACAGAAUGGCAUUUGCCUGGCCCCAUACAUGUGUGCUGCGUUGAGGCAGGCAGGUCUGCUACCGUAUCUGCUUGCUUACCUAUCUGUGCAGCGGUAUCACCCUGCUUCGCGAGCAUGCCUCCAUCGUAGAGAUAAGGGGGAAUAGACACGAGACUUCAGGACUUUGCGGCUUCGCCCUGGUUUGCCUCUGUGCCUCCAUCGUACUGUAGGUCGUCGUAUUUUCGGAGGCUUACACUAUGGCCCAUCUCUUGCGGGCCAAACGUCGAUGCUCGCAUGGCCUGUGCACGUGAGUAGGUAACGUAUCGUACACACAGACACACAAAAGAGCUGAUUGGACGCGAAGAAUAUGCAGAAGAUAGAGAUGGUGGGAAUCAUGUCGAUUCUGAUCGCGUAUACUUACACAACGACAUCAUGGUUGGGGGG